AACCGUCACAAGGUCGUCGGAAUUUAGGGAGUCACUUCGCAUUUGUCAGCUAUCAAAUAACAUAAUAUUUCAGUCCCAAAAACUGCUUAAAAUUCAGUUAUGUGGUCCUCACUUCGUAAGCCCUUGAGCAAGUUUUGCGCGCAACUGAAGCGCCAUGGACACGGAUAUGGAGGAGGUUGCCCCGGAGCGAAUUUACCAUUUGGGCUGGACAGCCCGAUGCGCUUUUCAGUGUGUUAUCUGAUUGCGGGAAUCUUGGGAUUUGGAGCUCCGUUCCUCGUGAUUCGCCACCAGAUGCUGCGCAAUGUCACCGAUGAGCCCAAGGAGGAUUAACCCAAAAAUGAUAUAAGACACUCGCUCGUUAAUAAAAUAUUAAAGACAUUGCACUUGGAA